UCCUCCCUUCUCCUUUUCUCAUUUCUUGGAAGAGCCAGCCUUUCUUUCCUCCUCAUUCAAUUACUAAUCAUGGCGAAUUCGGCAUCGGGCAUUGCGGUAGACGAUGACUGCAAGCUGAAGUUCUUGGAACUGAAGGCGAAGAGGAACUUUCGGUUCAUUAUUUUCAAGAUUGACGAGGUUGCACAGAGGGUGAUGGUCGAGAAGCUGGGGCAGCCAGGAGAGACAUACGAUGACUUUACAGCGUGCAUGCCGCCUAAUGAGUGCCGCUAUGCCGUGUUUGAUUUCGACUUUGUCACUGACGAGAACUGCCAGAAGAGCAAGAUCAUCUUUGUUGCGUGGUCUCCGGACACAUCAAAGGUGAGGAGUAAGAUGGUGUAUGCCAGUUCCAAGGAUAGGUUCAAGAGAGAACUUGAUGGGAUACAAGUUGAGUUGCAGGCAACUGAUCCAAGCGAGAUGAGCAUGGACAUCGUAAAAGAACGAGCCAUAUGAAGCACAAGAAGACGACAAAGCUAAUUGGCUUUGUGGAUGCAGUCUUUAUUUCAUGAUCUUAUUUGCUUAAUUUUGUCUGUAUUUUAUCAUAUCGAAGGAUAUUAGGAUAGCAAUUUAGCAUUUAUCAGUGUCAUGUGGUUUAUUCAAGGCAUGUCAACAACGUCAGAGCAUGUAUUUUUCUGGUUUAUUUCUUUUUCUUUUUUAUUUUGAGGGUGUGCAUCCUUCCCCCCUUUGUUUCAAACAUUGAAGGAUUAUGAAUUGCACUCGCAUUGGCGUUUGAAUAGAAGAUACACUAGAUGCAUGAUAUGUUUUUUUGAA